GCGGGUGCUGUUUACCGUUGAACGGGACGGGGUGGGCGGAGCCGGGAAGAAAGGGCAAUUGUGGCGUCAGCGUUUAACCGACAGAAAUAAACGGCCGCUGUCGAUACCGGUCAGUGUGUGAUUGCACCGAGUCCUACUGCUCGCCCUCGCCUCUUGACGCCAGAUCAGCCCCGAUCCCGGAGGAAGGGCUUCACCCCGACUCAGACAUGCACCAGUCCUGCCAGCGGGCCGUCGCCACCUACCCCGACCGCACCGGCGAACAGUUGGAGAAGGAGCUCCACGAUGGCCUUGAGGAGGGCAAGGAGCGCUUCAAGGACCUCAACGACCGCUUCGCCAAGUACAUCAACAGCACUGUCCUCUGCCUUCUGCGCCGCAACAAGGAGCUGCUGGCCGAGCUCAGCAACGCCGAGAAGGACCAACCUGGCCGCUCCGAGGCCAUCUUCCAGAAGGCGAGGAACGACCUCAAGUGCCGGCUGGAGGAGCAGCAGAAGGAGCUCAACUGUCUCAAGGCAGACAAGGAGAAAUACAAGAAAAGAUUGGAAAAAGAAAUACAAUUAAGAAAGGAAGCCGAAAAAGAUUAUGAAGAUUUAAGAAAGAAAACUGAUGAAACCAAUGUUGCGUUGGAUAAACUUCAACGUAAGGUUAAGCUUACUGAAAUACAGUUAUCUUGGAAGAAAUAUGUGAUCAGUGAUGCAAUGCUCUUCCAGUUCAAUGAGCUGUGCUACCCAGCACCCUACCUAUUUAACUCUGGACUAGUUAAAGGACAAUUUACAUUUGAGGAAGCCAGCACUAGGGCAUUGGAAAAUGCCAAGAAUGAACUAGAAUGCUAUCGUAAAGAAAUGAAUGAACUAAAAUUAAAAGAUGAACUAAUGAAGAACUCGCUGUUAGAAAAGGACAAAGAUAUAUUCAGACAGACAGAAUGCGGUAAGGUUCUGGAGAAAAGGAUUGUCCGUCACACAAACGAAUAUCAGAAACUGUUAAAUAUAAAGACACAGCUAGAGCGAGAGAUUGUCACUUACAAAAAUUUACUGGGUCAAGUGGAACGGAAAGCAAGGGACUACUCAUCUCAGCCAGCAAUAAUUAAAAAAGAAGCAAGAGACCCGAAUGACAUAUGUCUAAUAUCUUCAUCUGAUGAAGACAGGGAAUCUGAGGACAAUGAAGAUCUGCGUGCUCUGGAUCAAGACUAAAGCUGGUCUGUUGAAAACAAAAUGGCUGCAGAUCAGAGUCCCACCUACUCAACAUUCUCACCUAUAAGAAGAGAUCGAAGCCUUAAACACAUCACCAAAAAAAUGACGUUGCAAUUUACAUUAUUUUAGUAAACGUGUAUGAAAGAUCACAAAUUCUGUUUGUUUCACACGUGGAUUAUCUGGGAAAUAAAAUUUAA